AUGCCAAGAGGUCGUCACUGUUGCUCCAAACGUGCUGGAUUUAUCGCCAUGACAAAUAGACAAUGUGCUAUUUUAGUGCUUUUUGCACUGUGCGUUGUACCUGCGGUAAACUGUGGGAAUAUUUUGGUCUGGCACACUGAAGGAAGUCACUGGAUCAACAUGAAGCCUGUGCUGGACGCACUGAUUGACAGGGGCCACAAUGUCACCAUGCUGUUUCACAACGUCUCGAUGUUCAUCGAUCCCAAGGAACACGCACAGUACACCUGCCACCUGUUUAAUGCAUCCAUUGAAAUGUCUGAAAUGGUGGAGCUUUUUGAGGAGUUCUUCCACUUUUCUCUGUAUGAGCUCAGCCAUUCAGGUUAUGUGAGAAUCUACAGGAAGCUUCAUGAACUCAAGAUGAAAAGUGCUGACUUUGGUCUUAGAAUGUGUGAUGGCAUUCUGCGGUCAGAAGCUCUCAUGGAGAAACUGAAGAAGGGCAAAUAUGACCUUCUAUUUGCUGAUCCUAUUUAUCCCUGCAGUGAGCUGCUGGCUGAGAUUCUGGACAUACCCUUCGUGUACUCACUGCGUUUCUCAAUAGCCGACUCCAUGGAGAGACGCUGUGGACAGCUGCCUGCUCCACCAUCAUAUGUUCCUGGCACUAUGGUCAAACUGACCGACAAGAUGAGCUUCACUGAAAGGCUCCUCAAUUUUGUGUUCUAUCUGAUACAGGAUGCUAUGUAUAGCCUUAUGUGGAGACCUUAUGAUCAGUAUUACACUGAAAUUUUGGGCAAGCCCACCUCUUUCUGUGAGCAAAUGGGCAAAGCUGACCUCUGGUUGAUCCGGACAUACUGGGACUUUAAUUAUCCCCACCCCAUCCUUCCUAACUUCAAAUACGUUGGAGGAAUUCACUGUAAACCUGCCAAACCCCUCCCAAAGGACAUGGAAGAGUUUGUUCAGAGCUCUGGGGGAAAUGGCAUUGUGGUGUUCACCUUGGGAUCAAUGAUCGCCAACCUCACCAAAGAGAAGAGCAAUAUCAUUGCCUCGGCCUUGGGGCAAAUUCCACAGAAGGUGUUGUGGAGGUACAAAGGGGAGAAACCAGAGACUCUUGCUCCAAACACCAGACUGUAUGAAUGGAUCCCACAGAACGACCUGCUGGGACACCCCAAAACCAGAGCUUUUGUCACCCACGGUGGGACCAAUGGGUUGUAUGAGGCCAUAUAUCAUGGUGUUCCCAUGGUGGGCAUUCCACUGUUUGGUGACCAACCAGACAACAUGGUGCACAUGAAAGCCAAAGGAGCCGCUGUCAUCAUGGACUACAACACCAUGCAGACCAGACACCUUGUGGACGGACUGAAGACUGUCAUCAAUGAUCCAUCGUAUAAGGCGAGUGCCAUGAAACUGUCCAAAAUCCACCAUGACAGACCAGAGUCUCCAAGAGAUGAGGCCGUGUUUUGGAUAGAACAUGUGAUGCGCAACAAGGGGGCCAAGCAUCUAAGAGUAGAAGCCCAUAACCUCACUUGGUACCAGUACCACUCUCUUGAUGUGUUUGUGUUUCUGACUGGGAUUGUUCUACUGGUCCUCUUCACAGUUUUCAAAACUUGCAAGUUUUGCUUUAAAUUGUGUUGUUUGAGAUCAAGUCGAAAAAACAAACAAGAGUGAGUGAUAUUUGUGCUGAAUUUGUACAUGUCUUUUGUAUAUGACAGUUCUGUUCUUCUUGUUUAACAAUUUUAAUUGUUGCUUGUUGUUUGUGAUGACUUAAUUCUGAUCUGUGUAUAAGGAAUAGAGAUUGUACAUCAUUCACAAUUCAGGAUUGUUCUUUGUCUCAUGGCAAAUGUAUGGUUUUCCAUGUCUGGUAUUUCAGACAUGGAAAUGGACAUGUAUGGUUAUCCACGUCGGGUAUAGUUGAAUAAGCAUUAAAAUUGAACAUAAACGUGAGAACAUAAACUACUCAUUUCACAACCCCUUAUGUCCUGAUUUAAUGAUGUUGAUGGAUGGAGGGAUGGAAGUGCUUCCCCUAUUAGAUAUCUUUUCCUGUGUUCAGUUGGAGCCCUGUAUUGUCUACCUGGAGGGAGCAGUUUGCAUUCUGAAUGGAUGAGAUGGUGAUUAUUUCUGUGUAACUAGCUGCACAGCCCUCUCAAGGAACAUUUAGUAGGUAGGAUGCCCCCCCUCAGCCCCAUCACUUUCUACUCACUCACUGUUUGUGGUUAAACUUAUCUGAUAUGCUGCACAAUUAUUUUUCGGAGUGUAUAUUUGCACCCCUAAUAAAUAUAGCCUUGGCUACACCGUUGAGCUAUUCGCACCCUGUGACGUAAUAACAAAAACACGUUGCUUGUGUGCACAAAAAAAAACAUGGCAGACACUCGUUUUUUUCGUCAGCAGAAGGAGAAGAAAGUUCAAAUUAAGCUUCAGGUGGAAAAGUUGUGUUUUAUUUUCAUAAGCUUUGUUCAGUGAACACACAUACUGUACAACUGUACCGAGCCCGAUGGCCUCUAGAGGGACCUGUGCUCACUGCCCAGCACCGUGGAACUCAAUUGGAAUUGGCCAUAGCAUACAA